AUGGCCAACCCACCAUUCUGGCUGAGUAGGAAGAUGUUUCUCUUCAAGGUGUGUAGAUGGAUGGGGCUUGCUUGUUUCCGGUCACUGGUGGUGUCCUUGCCCAACAUUCGUCAGAAGAAACUAAUUCAUAAGCUACAGAAAGAAAAGGCUUUUCGGGAAGAGAUAAAAAUUUUCCGUGAGAAAAUAGAAGACUUCAGGGAAGAGAUGUGGAAUUUCCAAGGCAAGAUCCGUGCUUUCCAGGGCCAGAUCUUGGGCUUUUGGGAAGAAGAGAGACCUUUCUGGGAAGAAGAGAAAACCUUCUGGGAAGAGGAAAAAGCCUUCUGGGAAAUGGAAAAAUCCUUCCGGGAAGAAGAGAAAACCUUUUGGAAAAAGUACCGUAUCUUCUGGAAGGAAGAUAAGGCUUUCUGGAAAGAGGACAAUGCUUUAUGGGAAAGAGACCAGAAUCUCCUCCAGGAGGACAGGGCGCUGUGGGAGGAGGAAAAGGCUCUGUGGGUAGAGGAGAGAGCUCUUCUUGAAGAGGAGAAGGCCCUGUGGGAGGACAAAAAGUCCCUCUGGGAGGAGGAGAAUGCCCUCUGGGAGGAGGAGAAAGCGUUCUGGGGAGGAGGUGGGGGCCACGUUGCUGAGGAGCAGAUAGUGGAAAAUGGGCACCACAACAUCAAUGCAGGGCCACGCUUGCCAGCCUUCUCCCGGAACAGAGGAUGA